AUGCGCCCCUCUACGCGUUUCCUAGCCACAACGACGCCGACCCGCUCGCUCAAAGGCAAACCCCGUGCCCCUCCCAUCUCUCUCGACCACUUCAUCCAGCGCCAGCGCGUCUUGUCGUUGUGGCGCACUAUCCUGCGCGCCGCGUACCGCGUCCCGAAAGACCUUCGGACCGAGACACUGGCCUAUGCGCGCGGCGAGUUCGAGCGGAAUCGUCAUGUCGAGGAUAUUGGGCAGAUCAGAUAUCUGAUAAGUACGGGGAAAGCGGAGUUUGAUGGGAUGCAGAGGUAUAUCGAUGAGAUGGCGGCGAGGGCGAGUGGGUAA